AUAAUCUUUACAAACAAUUUGAAGAAUUAUCUCCAAUUGAAUAUUUUCGCAUGCUUCGUAUGUAAUACUUGGAACUCGUUAAGUAAUAUUUGAUGUCGCGUCAAAUGAAUUACAAUACACAUCCCUGCGCUAGAAGUUUAUAUACUGAAAACUACGUAAUUUAUUCAUGGUUGGCCCUAUUUAUAACUGAAUUUAGUAUUUGAACUUUGUGGCGUACUAAAAAAUGACCCCGUUUUUAUACCAAGAUGAUAACGAUAUAAACUAUACAAGAUUAAACUAAAAUAACUGGUUAGCAUAUCUACAUGCACCGAAGUUGUUUUCUAUAGUUUGGAAAGGAAUAAUUAGAUCAUAAACAGGUAUUUGUUAAACCAUGGCAUCAAAAAGGGACAAGAUAUUGAUUGGUGCAGCAGGUACAGUUGGAGCCGGGAUUUUGUCAUGGCGAAUGUUUUUUCCAUGGAUAGGAUAUGACCUUACCAUGAUGAAACAUGGAAGUAAAGCUGGGAAACUUAUAUUGAGAGAUAAUGAAACCGGACGUUACCUUAUUAAAAUGUUUGAGGAAGCUGUAGAGAAACAUCCCAAGAAAGCUUUUGUUAUAUUUGAGGACAGAGUAUAUAGCUAUGAGUUUAUGAAUGAGCAGGCUAACAAAGUGGCAAAUAUAGCAGCCAAAUGGGGACUGAAAGUUGGUGAAUGUGUUGCUAUAAUGAUUGAGAAUGAGCCGUCAUUUAUCUGGACAUUUCUUGGCCUUCAGAAGCUUGGUAUAGCUGUUGCAUUUAUCAAUUUCCACAUUCGUGGACAACCUUUGAUACAUACAAUAAAGGCAUGUGAGGCCAAAGUUCUCAUCAUAGGCUCAGAUGAUAAGAUAUUCCAUUCGGUUGAUGAGGUGAGAUCAGAAAUUGGACAUAUACCUAUAUAUGCGGAAGGUGGUGACAGGGGUGCGGGAUAUGAGUCCUGGGAUAAGUUGAUGUUUGCUGCACUGCCAGUACCAGUUUGUCCGAGUGUGAGACAAGAAAUGGGCUUCAGUACACCAUGCUGUUACAUCUUUACUUCAGGAACUACUGGUCUUCCAAAGCCAGCAAUCAUCACACAAGCUAAAGGUGUAGGGAUCAGCAAGUUCUUCCAGCUCUUUGAUUUCAUGCCAUCAGAUAUCCUAUAUACAUGUACACCAUUGUAUCACAGUGCAGCUGGUGGGCUGGGGCUCAUGAAUACUCUAGAUCAAGGUUCAACAAUGAUUCUGAAGAGGAAGUUUUCAGCUCAUCAAUAUUUUGCUGAUAUUAGAAAAUACAAUGUUACAGUCAUGCAGUAUAUUGGAGAACUUUGUAGAUAUCUGCUAACAGUGCCACCAAAUCCAUUAGACGGUAAACAUAAAGUCAGAGUGGCAGUUGGAAAUGGGUUAAGGGCAGACAUAUGGGAGAACUUCAAAGAGAGAUACAAUAUUCCAAAUAUUUGUGAAUUCUUUGGGGCCACUGAGGGGACAAUAGCAUUAAUGAAUCUAAGCAAUCGUGUCGGAUCAUGUGGGAGAUAUUCUCCACUUAUAAAUAGAAUGGACCCUACACCAAAGUUGCUGGUAAAGGUAGAAAUUGACACUGGGGAUGUAAUCAGAGAUAAAAAUGGACAUUGCAUUCCUGUCAAAGUUGGUGAACCAGGACUGUUACUUGGUGCUAUACCAUUCUACUACCAGGACAUGCAGUUUUAUAAAGGAGGGAAAGAAAUCAACGAGAAGAAAAUACUGAGGAAUGUUCUGAAGGAAGGUGAUGCUUACUUUAACUUUGGAGAUAUGUUGACAAUGGACUCUGAUUAUUUUGUCUACUUCAAGGACAGGAUAGGUGAUACAUUCAGGUGGAAAGGAGAAAAUGUUGCUACAUAUGAGGUCUCUAAUGUCCUUACAAAGCUAAAUGUCAUCCAUGAUGCUAAUGUAUAUGGAGUGGAAAUUCCAGGGUCGGAGGGUCGUGCAGGGAUGGCGGCCAUUCAUUUAGAAGAUAAUGUUACAAUUACACCACAGAUUCUGAAAGACAUAUUUCAUCAUGCUAAAGAGAAUUUACCAAGUUAUGCCAGACCUUUAUUCCUAAGGUUUCCAAAAGAACAGGCUGUUACGACCACACUUAAACAACAGAAAACACAGUUGAGAAAAGAAGGUUUUCAACCACAAGAUAUAGAUGACCCACUGUAUUACUAUGAUGAACAAAAUAAAACAUAUUCUCCAUUAACUGUGGACACAUAUGGACAAUUCCUGACAAAAUCAAAAUUGUAAUUAAGAUUAUCAGUGUGACAGCAGUAACUAUAUCUAAACUAAUGAGGAAAAUGUUGCACUUUGACUUGUAUAUAGACACUGUAUUUAUACUCGUAUAUUUUUAAAUCAUUCCAUCAUUAACACAAGGUAAUUGAAGAUGUUUUAAGACUGUAUUAUUUUUUUAAAAAGGGAUUACAAUUGAAAAUGAAAACUUAUUAUUUAAUUUCAUAUUAAAAGAUAUACAUAUAUAGAUUAUAUAUAAAUUUAAAAACACUACCUCAUCACUUUGUCAAUUAUUUUGCUCAACUUUACAAUGAAUAGUGGAGCUAACACUUGAUUUUUGUCUUGCAUGAAAUGUCAUAAUUCAUCAAGUUCUGAAUAUUUUCAUUUGAAACUUUAUAUUACACUUUAAAUAAUAAUUGUAGAUCUCUGAUCAAAACUGUAUACAUUUUUGUAUCUGGUAUAAAUUUGUACUAACUCAUACCCAAUGGUGAGCUAAGAAAAUUUCUGGUUAAAGUUAUCUUUUCAAAUGAUAUCUUGACAAAAAAAAAUAACAACGCAUUCUAGAUAUCGCCUAUAUCUCUUUUGUUUUCAAUAUAGAUCAUUUACCAACACCUAUAAUUCAAUCUUUUGCACUAAAUUAUUUUCAUCUGAGAGCUUGGAUAAAUUCUAUGUUAGUCUAUAUUAUCAAGGCUGAGUUUUCUGAAAAUCAGAAUAGUUUAGAGCACUUAACUAUUGAAGGCUCAAGAUUAUAUUGCAUUUUUAUUCAAAUUUUGAAAUAUGUGAUCUUUAAUACCUCCAUCUUAAAACAACAGUAUGAUUUUAUACUAAUGUUUUGAAUAAAUCUCUAACAUUCCAUCAUGAUUUUUAUUUGUUAUCAAAUGUUUCACAUUCUUUAUCCAGAGCUCAGGGGAAACAUGUUAAACGGUUGUGAUUUUUGUUUAAAUUUACAUGCUUUACCUUUGACUUUGAAAUCAAAAGUUAAACUUACUGAGUCUGUGAUAAUUAUGUUUUUAUUUCAUAAUGUGUAUUUAUUUACUGACACUAUUUACUGACACUAAAAGCAUUCAUAUACAGGUUUGUUUUCUCACUACCAAUCUAGUAUUAAUUGUUGUCAAGUAUCAUUAUGUAAGCAUCAAGAAAUCCAAUGAAUUAUGUUGUGAUGUAUUGAUUUUUGUUUUGUUUUUAGUCCCCUACCGGUUUAACCGGAGGGGACUUUAUGUUUACCCUCCGUCCGUCUUUCUGUCCGUCCGUCCGUCUGUCUGUCUGUCAGUCCGUCAGUCCGUCCGUCCACAAAACUGGAUCCCGCGAUAACCCAAAAAGUACUGAAUUUUUUUUUAUGAAACUUGAUAUAUGGAUAGAUGGCGGUAUGGGCAUUAUGCACGUCUUUUUCUUUUCUUCCUAUGUUGAAAAUUCUGGUUGCUAUGGCAACAAAUAGUCUGAAAAUAUGGCAAAUUUAACACAUAAACUGGAUCCAGUGAUAACUCAAAAAGUACUGAAAAUAUUUUUAUGAAACUUAAAAUAUGGGUAGAUGGCAGUCUGGAGAUUAUGCACAUCUUUUUCUUUUCUUCCUAUAAUGAAAAAUCUGGUUGCUAUGGCAACAAAUAGCCUGAAUUUCAAGAUUUCUGAUUUAAAUUUUUCAGCUUUUUCACUAUAAGUUCUUUAUUUCUUAAGGUGUUUACUUCAAACUUUAAAUAUAAGUUUCUGGCCAUCAACCACAUCAUAUAUGACAAGGUUUACAACUCUAGCACAAAAAUUAUCAGCAUUACCUCCCUUGAACUUAGAAUUUUUAUGAAAAAAAAAUGUUGUCUUUUUUAAAUAACUUCUUUAUUUCCUAAUGUAUCUACUUCAAACUUCAUAUAUAUGUUUCUUAUUAUCACUCAACAUUUUUGAGGAGGUUAAAUACUCUAGCAAGACUAUUAUCAGAAUUAUCUCCCCCUUGAACUUAGAUUUUUUUCGACUUAGAUUUUUUAUAGGAUUUACUUUAAAAUCCCACAUUAUAAUAAUAUGACAGGGUUGUAUAAACAUAAUUUCCUUACUAGGCAGGGAAACUUAACACAUUACUGUGAUAUAGACAAACUUAGAACUCAAAAGAUUUAAGUUCAUUCAUGUCAUUCAUCCACUGGUAAAAUUGAAUGGCCAAUGGCCCAUCAGAAUGUUGCUGGGGUUC